AACAACAUUCUAAUGAACACAACCCACAUCAUUGACCAGACUUAUGCCAUGGUGGUGCAUAUGCAGUCUCCCUCUCCGCCCAGUUGCAUCAAUGUCUAUUGUAAUUCACCUCUGUAUGGCACCUGUGUUUACGUGGGAUACCCCCUGGGGACCGGAACCUUGUGUGUGAGACCCGGGACCUGGAGUCAGUGGAGUGUCACUGGGACACAGGGAGGGCCACCAACCUGACUAAACAGAGGAUGACUCGUUAUGACCUGAAUGGAAGAGCUUGUCCAAACAGAACAGUUUCAAAAUGCUACCAAACAGUACGAGUGGAUCAGGGGGAGAGGAAUUGGACAUUGACUGCCAGAAACCCGCUCGGCACACUGGAGCUCAGAGACACAGCAGACCUGAAGAAAAGAGUGCGUUUACCAGCUCCCAUGGAAGUGGUGGCUUCAGGUGUGAAUGCCAGUGUUCAGUGGCAGUGGGAAAGACCGCAGUACCAUAUACUAUUAAUGGUUUGCCAAGUACAGCUGAACCAUAGUGGGCACAUAGACGUGAGGAACUUUUCUGGCAUAGGUCUUAGGUCAGUAGUUUUACAUGGCCUAGCACCUGCCCAGACAUACACAGUGCAGGUGUGUUGUGGAUUGAAACAGCACUUCUGGAAAUGGGGCGACUGGAGCGAAGGUAGCACCUUCAAAACCGAGGAGGACAUUCCUGAAAUGUUAGAUGUAUGGAUGCAGAUUGAAGGGAACCAAACCAUGAUACUAUGGAAACCCCUUACAGUUAAUCAGAGUCAUGGGCAGAUCAAGGACUAUGAGGUGACCUGGGGAAGGCAGGAAACAAUUCUCCAUCCACCUCAGAAUGACUUUCUCAUCAGUGAUCGAUCCACUGAUGAGGGGCAUAGGGUCACAGUUACAGCCAAAAACUCUGCUGGCAGCUCCCUUCCCUCAAUAAUCAUUAUUCCUAGACUUCCUCACAGAAGUAAAAUCUCCAUGAAAAUUGUUGGCAGUGAUGGUGGGUUUAACCUUUCCUGGUCCGCUAGCCCCAAUUCUAGCUGUGGCUACGUGGUGGACUGGUGUCCCACACAUAAAAAAUGCAGAGUGGAGUGGGUGAAGGUACCAGCUGGUAUAACCAGGGCCAGAAUCCAAUCAGCUAGCUUUGAAGAGGGGGUGAGGUACACACUCUCCAUCUUUGCCUGUACUCCAGGGGCUCCAGAGCUAUGGGAGAGAAGGGAGGGCUAUGUAAAAGAGUGCCUUCCAAAAGGACCGAUUCAGAGGUUGGCUGCAGAACAGCAUGGUUCGGACACGGUUCUGAUCUCCUGGACUGGUAUUCCCCCGGAGAAUCAGACGGCGUUCAUUCAUGGUUACAUCAUAUACUACUUUGAUACUUCCCAUACUUCCAGCAUGAGAAUUUGCAAUGUCACUACAGAUGAGCCUGGGGCCAAGAAUCUGACAGGCAUACCCGUCAGCUCCUACAGAUUCACAGUGAAGGCCCUCACAUCAGUAGGGGAGGGCGGAGACUCUUCACCAGUCUUCCUCCAGAUGAACCCCCAGACUGAUCAGUUGAUCACAGUGAUGAUCAUUUCCCUGGGUUCAGCUGCCUGUCUCCUCGCUCUGGUCACCAUCUUAUGCUACAGAAACUGGAAAUGUGUGAAAGAGAACCUGUAUCCUAAAAUUCCACAGCCAGUAUGGAAGGAGGAAUGGUUGGCACCACUGGAGAGCAAUGGCCGCCAAAUCCUCUAUGUGGAUCCAUGUCAACCCAGUGAGAUUGAUAUAGUGUGUAACCGAGAGCAGUCUGGAGAAGCUGUACUAGAUAACAAUGCUGGAAAGGGUGCCUUAACCAACACAAACUCUGAUGUCCCAGCUCUGCAUGGAUACUACAACCAGCUCCUCACCAAGACCACUUCAGGACACUUCACCUUCUCUCCUCACACGAUGGCGACCCCAUUCUCUCAACUCUCAGGCACAAUAAUUCAGAACCCCUCAUACAACCUAGAAGUACAGGCUAGUUUAGAUAUGGGACAGUCUGUGGGAUAUGAGCCGGAUAUGAACUCUUUCUCCUGUCCUGACCCUGAACUACACAACACCAUGUCUUAUGUGCCCUUUGAGACUGAUUCCCGGGGUUACAAGUUCCAGUGUCACAUAGAAGACAGCUCUCCUCUCCAGGAGUAGAACUUCUGGGCAGCCCUAUUUCCUUCAGCUCCACUCAAUUCAUAUUUUUGUUCCAGCACUAACACAGCUAAGACCACCAAUUAAGAUUUUGAUUGGGCCAUGAUUGCACUGCUGGAAAUAAAAGUGGCGUAUCAAACAG